AAACCGCCAUGAUAUUGCUGUAGCAAAUCCAGCCUUUUCGUCGCCUCUCAAUCACCAUGGCAUCCUCGUUCAAACCGCCAAAGGCAAUACUCUUUGAUAUCGGCGGAGUAGUAGUCGUCAGCCCGUUCCAGGCAAUCCUCGACUACGAAAUCGAGAAUAAAAUCCCCAUUGGCUACAUCAACUUUGCGAUCCAAAAAGGACCCCACGAUACAGGCGCAUGGCAGCUCAUUGAGCGGGGCGAAGUCGAGCUCAACGACGCGUGGUUCGCCUCGUUUAAGCAGCAGCUCUCCCGGCCCGAAGUAUGGUCUGAAUACCUGCAGAAACAGGCGCAAAAGAAAGAUGCAGACCAGGUGCUUGCGGGGCGAAACCCAGCGGUCCCCGACAUCGACGCAAAGAAGCUCUUCUGGCGCAUGAUGAAGAUGAGCCGCGCCCCAGAUCCAUACAUGUACCCUGCGCUCCGCAAGCUCGGCGCAAGUGGCAAAUUCGUGCUGGGCGCUUUCAGCAACAACGUCACGUUUCCCACGGGCAUUCUCGACGACGAAGGCAAUGUCUUUACAAAAGAUAUUAUCCACGCGCCGGCGCCGAAUCCCUACGCCAACGACUCGGGCGACAUCACAACGUGCUUUGACAUCUUCCUCGGCUCUGCGGCGGUCGGCGUGCGGAAGCCAGAUCCAGAGGCGUACAAGCUGGCGGUGAGGGAAAUGGAUAAGAUAGCGCGGGCGAGGGGUAUGGGCGCGGUGACGGAGGCCGACACGCUGUUUCUAGAUGAUAUUGGGAUCAACUUGAAGUUUGCGCGGAAGACGGGGCUGCGCACGAUCAAGGUGAAUCUGGGGAAAACGAAGGAUGCAGUGAGGGAGUUGGAGCAGGCGGUCGGCAUGUCGUUGUUGGAUGAUAAAGCGAGGUUGUGAGAAAAUCCAUGAUAUUU